CGUUUUAGAUGAGGUUUAAAUUUAAACUUAAUGUUAGUGAGGCAUACACAUAUGUGUGCUAAGUGCAACUAGAAAUUACGAGUUUAAAUUGACAAUUAUUCAAUGUGUUGAAAGUGAAAUAAAUAUGAAAUUCGCUGGAAAUGUAAAUGAUUACUUAUAUUAGAGGUUCAAAUUCCAUUUCAUUAAAAUUAUAACAAAUAUUUGCAAACCCCAUCAGUAGUUAGAAAACGAUUACUUGAAAACAGAGAUCGGCAAUCAGAGCUAAAAGAUAAGUAGAAUGCAUAAAACUAAUACAGAUGUCAAACAAUAAAAAGGGCUUUUUGUUUUGAUAGUUUUAAAAGUGUUUCGAGUUAUGUUUUAGUUAAUGAGCUCUCAGAGCCGAUCACUGCUGUAAAAACUCAUAAUAAGCCGAUGAAUGAGUAAUCAGCAUAGAUUUAUUUGUAUACACACCAUUUAACAGCAACACACAUGAAAAAUAUUAAAUAAAUAAAGAUAUGAAAUGCAAAAUAUUUUAAGUCAAUGAAAAAUCUACUACGAAAAUCCCCACUUCUCUUUUUUGAAGCUAAAUAAAAGAGAACACAGAGCGUUAGCCUACAGAGACAGAGAGAGCGAGAUAGAGUGAGUAACUGUUAUAAAUAACGUAUUAUUUUUAAAUCUAUACUCAACGUUAAAGAUAAAGUUUAGAAAAUUGUUUAGGAAAGCGAUAAGAUACAAUGGGAAUCAAUUUUCGAACGGCUCCCACCAGUAAAAACAAACGUUUGGUUUGUCAUAAUAAAAAAAGAGUUUGUAAAAAGAACAUUGAAAUUAAAAAAAAAGAAUAGUAAUAUAGAAUAUUUUUAGUUAAUAAAUUGCAUUUGUUGUGGAAUUGAAAAAAAAUUGUUCAGCAUUAGUGAUUAACAAACAAAAGUACAUACAAAUAUCCGAUAAAAACAAAAAUACACAACUGACCGCAAGUAGUUGAUGUAAGAAUAAAACAAACUCUCCUCCAACCGCUCAUUACUUCCCUUAUUAGCACUUUAGAGGUUUUAAAUUACUACAAAAAUCACGCAAUGCAGCAGCAGCAUUCAUCCUCUCAUCAUUUGCCAACAACACCAGAUUCUGCGGGUAUUCUUAUCGCCAAUGCAGGCUCAGCCGCCAACGAACGUAGAGGCCAGAAAAACAUAAUGAAUUGUUUUCGCGAUCGUACUCCCAGUUAUACGCGUUCGAACAGUAAUCUCACACGUGUUAACGGUCUAAUAACGAAUAAACCUUUAAACUAUCGUAACGAAGGUGUAGUUCUACUCAAAGAGCCACGUCCUAGACCCAUAAAAUUGACUUUACUUAAAAGUUCCAGUACUCGUGAUCUAAGUAAACUAUACGAAAUGGAUUUAAAUAAUCAAACACCAAAUACCCCUUUAUCUAAUGCUUCUUCUACGGAUUUAAAUAAAAUAUCAACUUCCUGCGGCUCAUCAUCGCCAUCAUCAUCAAAUUCUUCCUCCACCACAAAUUGUUCUUCUACACAAUGUGCCAAACGUUUACAAAAAUUAGAAUUAAAACUGGAAGUUUUACAAAAACAAUUACAAGAUCAGGAGAAAAUAACCAAGACUAUGUCUCUUCAAAUGGAAGACUUGACUAAGAAAUUUGAACAACUCUCUAGGGAGCAACAGGAAAUGCAAAAUAAACGCAAAAAGACUAGCAGUAGUAUGAGGCUGGUGAAAAAAGAUUCUACUGUGGGAGCGAAUCAAACGAGCGUACAACCUUCAAAAUUGGCAGCCUGGUUAAAGCUGUCCAAUUUCUGGAAACAGAGGCCUAGUAUACAGACUUUAAAGGAACAAAAUAUUUAUAAUGAUGAACCCUGUUUCGAUACCGAAAUCGAAUUGGUCCUUAAAGAUGAAGUACACAAAACAGUACCCAAAAUAGUGGUCGAUUGUUGUCAACUAAUAGAGGAAAAGUAUCGUAAAUCUACAGAACCCAUCGAGGGUAUUUAUCGACAAUGUGGUGACUACAAUAAAAUGCAGGCCUUACGGUUUAGCAUAGAUGCCAAUGACUAUAUGUCGCUGAGACAGCCCAACGUAGACAUACACACUUUAGCGGGAGUGUUAAAGUUAUUUCUAAGAGAAAUCAAAAGUCCUCUAGUAUCGGCCAAUGAAGCUAAAACUUUUAUAGGCAAACCCAAUCAGUGGUUGUUAACUGAUUUACCCAAUAAAUUGGAAAUAUUAAAAAGACUGAUACGUUCGCUGCCGGAAAUCAAUCGUGAUACAAUGGAAUAUUUAUUUGCUCAUUUCAAUAGAAUAACCAAAGUACCUUUACAACAUAUAAGUGCCGAAACGUUAUCAUUAUCGGUAACACCCUCCAUAUUUCAUACCGUACAAUCGGGUGCUCGCAUACAAGAUAUACAUCUACUUCUAAAAGAAAGUGAAGUUUUAGCCGAUUGUGUUAAGAUCAUGAUCGAAUAUCAUCAAAAAAUAUUUGAUUGUAGCCCAAGUUUAGAUACUAUUACAGCACCAACACCUUUACCACGUCCCUUUAUCCAUAAGCAUCAAAAUCCUGCAUAGUUGCCCCCCCUCUCUUUAUACAUACAUAUAUAUAUAUAUUUAUAUAGCUCUAUCUCAUUGUCCAUUUACUUACUGUUUUAGAUGCACUUCGGAUCGUAAAAUCCAGCGGAAUCGCAUAAGUGUAAGAAAUUUAAAGAAAACUUUAUCUCAUCCAGAUUUGUUAUUUCAAAAUUUAUUUUGA